AUGCAGAUCUUCGUGAAGACCCUCACGGGCAAGACUAUCACUCUCGAGGUGGAGUCUUCCGACACCAUCGACAAUGUCAAGACCAAAAUUCAAGACAAGGAAGGCAUCCCUCCUGACCAGCAACGCCUGAUCUUCGCCGGCAAGCAACUUGAAGAUGGCCGCACUCUGUCCGACUACAACAUUCAGAAGGAGUCAACGUUGCACCUGGUCCUGCGCCUGCGGGGAGGAGCCAAGAAGCGCAAGAAGAAGGUCUACACCACCCCCAAGAAGAUCAAGCAUAAGCGUAAGAAGACCAAGUUGGCUGUACUCAAGUACUACAAGGUCGAUGGCGAUGGCAAGAUUGAGCGAUUGAGGCGUGAAUGUCCGACUAAGGAAUGCGGCGCUGGUGUCUUCAUGGCGGCCAUGCACAACCGACAAUACUGUGGCCGCUGCCACUUGACCUACGUCUUUGAUGAUUCUAAGUAG